AUGGUCCGUGCGCCCAUACUGAAAAUUUUGUGUACGGGAGAGAGUUCAUAUUACGACUUUAAAAGCGGCCAGGAGGUCGGCUUUGAACCGCCUCCGGGCCAGGCGGUGCAGGACGGUCUGGACCGCUGGGCGAAGCUGGUGGAGUCCAAUUUCUCAUACCUGGACAGGGGAUACUACCUCCCGGACCAGGUACCCGACGAGCUCAUGAUUUCGUUUGCCGACUUUGUCAACAUGCACAGCCUGGGCGACAUUGUCAACACGGCCUUCCAGAUCGGCCAGGGGUACGGAGACUUUAUGCGGGUGCCAACCCUGUACGCCGCCAAGAUACUCAGCCCGGCGCUGGUCCGCCAGAGCAAGCAAAAGUCCAUGCUCAUCACCCCCGACAACGGGCUGCUGUACAGGCGGUCGGAGGCCGAGUUUUCCCAGAGCGGCAGUCUCUUCCUGUCCAGCACCGUGUCGAGACUCGAUCGCUCCCUCGACCAGGACGGCUACAUGAGCGUGUGGGUGGAGACCGCAGUCGGCGGCAACGCGACCGCCAGACGGGCGACCAAGAUCCGCACGCGGAAGCUGCUCGUGACCAUCCCACCGCCCUCGGCCCUCGAGCCCGGCUUUGGGCCGUCGGCAGAGGAGCAGUCUCUCUUCUCGCGCUUCUCGUGCAACCACUACUGGGCCGGGGUGGUGCGCGGCGCCCAGCUCCCGCGCCUCGAGAUGCAAAACUGCGACCGGUCCAACCAGGCCGCCGUCCCCACCAUGCCGGGGAUAUACGUGUUUGAAGCCACGCCGGCGCCGGACCUGCACACCUUUUGGUACGGCGCCCAGGCCGCGGUCGAGAAGCAGACCCAGACCCCCGCGGGGGUCAGGGCCGAGGUCCUGGCGACGAUCCAGCGGUUGCGGGGGGCCGCGGGCAGCCCGGCGGCGACGGGCGAGGGCGGCGUCGAGUUUGUGGCCGUGGCGGACUACAGCCCGUUUGCGUGCAUGGUCGACGGCGCGGCCAUCGGGCAGGGCUUCUACAGGCGGCUGUACGCGCUUCAGGGGGUCGGGAACGUCUGGUGGACCGGCGCCGCCUGGCACACGCACGACGCGAGUCUGUUGCUGGAUUUUACGAGCGACGUGCUGGCGAACAUGACGGGGGUGAAAAAUGGGUAGCUUUUUCACUAAUGUAACUCGCACUAGCGUAAUACGCGUAUUCUAGUCUAGUUCUAGACCUAUUUCUAGUUGAGCUAUAAUUACAGUUUGACCAACGAUUUUACUCCUC